AUGCAAGAGCAGUUUCCUGGCCAGGAGUUCCCGGGAGAUGAUCCGACCAAUUACCUUAACCGCGUCCCGUACGAGGCUCCGUUUGAUCUCGCCCGAAGCCCGGGGAAGGUCCUCGAUGAGCUGGGCCAUGAAUUCCGGGUCGGAAUCAACGGAUUCGGCCGUCUUGGCCGAGCCAUCUUCUGCAAGGCCUACGACACGCCUUACAUCAACAUCGUCGCCGUCAACGAUCCUCAUGUGGACGCGGCUCAAGCAGCAACCCUCCUCCAGGAAGAGCACUCUCAAGGCCGGCUCGCCCCAAGUGCCAGCCUCGAAAUCCACGCGGAAGCUGCAGCUGACACGCUCCUGCUCAACGACACCGCCACGGGCAAGACCGCGACGGUCCAGUUCAGCGCGCAGGACGACCCGUCCGUCCUGGGCUGGGCCAGUCUCGGCGCUUUCCACGUUGUCGAGUGCUCGGGCAUGUUCACGACCGUGGCGGCUGCGUCCGCACACUUGGCCACGGGGACAACCAGCGGCCAGAGUGAGGAUGACGAUGGCGCAGGUGGCGCUUUCAAGGUGUUGAUUGCGGCGGCGUCGCCUGACGCGCCGAGGUUCUACCCUCGGGCCAACUUGAGGGAGUACCGGGUUGAGCAGAGCGUGUUUGCGUGUGCGCCGCCGGGGGAUGACGAGCACCUCGCGGCACAUGGGAAUAAUUCUGCUGUCGACGAGAAUCAUGUGUGGCAGUACGCCGAUCACGUGCUUGAGUUGUUGAGCCUCGUCCUUGCGCGGGACGGCGCAGCAGCAAGCUGCGGCAUGGUUCAUGAAGAGGGUCGCGCGCCCUCACUCCACACUCUAUUUGUGGAGUCAUUGCGCUGGGUUCUUGGAAAUUGUCUUCCUCCUAGGGAAUAUUUUGACUACCUUGGUGGGGAGCUGGAGAUGGGAAAUUCAGAGUUUAUGAUGUAA